UUCGCUGAUCCAUGUUUACAAAGUUGAUGCAUACGUAAUUAUAGUCUUCGAUUUUACCACAAGUGCUUGCAAAUUAACAUGUUAGUGCCUGUAAUUUGUACGCGCGCUUCGUAGAAAUGGCGACUUGUUGCGAAAGACCGUGAUCAAUCGAGUUUCAUGGGGAUUUUCUAGGAAAUCGGAUCAAAAUGGCGUCUUUGAAGUUGUCAGAAUGCGUUUGCCCCAUCUGCUUGUGCAUUUUGAUCGAGCCAGUCACGAUGCCGUGUAACCAUGAGCUUUGUAUGCCAUGUUUUCGGAAGAAUGUGGAACAGGCCAACUUGACUUGCCCGAUGUGCCGCCUGCGUAUCAGCAACUGGGCCCGCAAACAUUCGGGGCGAUUGAUCAACGAGGAGCGGUGGAGGAGUAUCCAGGAAGCCUUCCCCGUGCUCUGCCAGAGACGAAUGGAGACUGGAGAUGAAGGCGAUGAUGAUGUUUUAGAUUUAAUGACACAGCCCCCUCCCCCUGUCAUACACGUCGCUCAACCAGGUGAGAUUGGUGAAGAAUUCAAGAAGGAAUCAGAAAAGGUAAGAGAGGAAUAUCGACGAGAGUUGGAAGAUGCAGUGAAGCGUAGUGAAGAAUACAUCAAGGAACUUCAGAAAGAGGAGGUGAAGAGAUUUGAAGAGAGACAGGAAGAGUUGCUUAGUCAGGAGAAGCAGGAUGCAGAGCUUGCUAGACAACUGGCCAAGGAGGAACCUGAUGAAAUGAUUUAUCGAGGUGAGAGGGUUCAUGUGAUGAGAGAACAAGUCUUAAAAGACGAGGAGCUUGCCAGGAGAAUUCAGAUGACUGAACAGUCUUUGUCUAAUACUCCUACACCUAAAUCCCCUGACAUCAUCAUCCUGCCCUCAUCCGGAGGCUCGUCUCGCAAGAACAGCGCUUCAUCAUCGACCAUCAAAUGCCUUAGCAUAGAGAAGUUCCUGUCCCCAAUGAGUAGGAAGAGUAAAUCUCCUGAGGGAGCAGCCAUUGAGGAUCAGCCAUCUACUUCAGCACAUUCCCCAGUAAAUGCAAGUCCCAGGAAAGAAGAAAACUCCCCUUCUCCUUCUGGUAAUGGAGCGUCCACCAAGCGACGCGGGGCCUUCUCUCCUGUUGUCCUGAAGGCACCGCGGUUGAAGGAACUUGAUGACAUCCACCUCAGGGCUCACAGUACAGAUAGCAAUGAUAGUAUCUCAGAGGAGAUGAAUCAUUUCAAACCUAUUCAUGUCUCACCAAGGACGGCUCGCAGGAAACUACCAGACGGCAGAGCGGAGUCACCACCCAUAGUCUUCACAACCCCAAGGAAUCUUCAAAGGAUAGAAGAUGGUGCAGACACUGCAAAGGAGACCUCAAUCAAGAUGUCAUCCUUGCUGAAAGCCCGCUGGAAGGACAUGGAAGCAGAACGGACAAACCAGGUGAAUGAAACUUCUAAGGCUACGAUGACUAGUCUGGCAAGGCAACUGAAGAAACAGAUGUCAAGGCAGCAGAGCAGCAAGCAAGCGAGACAAGGGGAUCAAGGGAAUCGACAGGGAGAGCCCCCUCAGAAGAAGGCCAAAGUUGAGAUGUCAGGGGCAGGGGAUGCAUCCUUGAGAACCAAAGAUCCUUCAGCAAACAACCUCAGCAACAGUAGCCAUACCCUGCUUCAGAUGAGAGUUGAGGAAACUGGGAAAACAGACACAGACUUGAUAGCUGACAUUGAUGACAGCGGCGAUGCAACUGAUUAUAAUCAUAACUGCAACAAUAGCAGGAUACUGGAUACAAAACUUAAGUCGUCACCUUAUGGGAAAUGUGACCAUUCUGGUGACAGGUUGUCCAGUUGGGAUGGUAGUGACAAUGCUAAUGCCAAUGUAAGGGUCCAGGGAAUUUCAGGGAAAGGUGAGGAUGAAGUCGGUGGGAGUCCAAAGACUUAUAAAAAGAAAGUGCACACUCCCAUCAAAGAAUAUGCAAUGAGGGAACAUACAAAGUUGCAGACCAGGGUUACAAACAGUAUCAAAGACUUGUUCAGUGCAAGACGUUCAAAGUCAAAGGCAUCCAAUGGAGAUUGUGUCAAAAAUGGUUCAGAGCCUCUUCUUCCUUCAUUGCCUAAACCUGAAGAUGGCUUGAACACAAGAUUAGAAAAAAGUUUGCCAAAUGGAAAUUCAGGAGAUACGGACUGUAGUAGAUCAAAAGCUGACUCAUUGCAGCAGACAAAAACAGUAUCUAGUCGACAGAACAAAGCCAAGAGUGCCAAUGGCAGAGACUCUGCCUCUAGUAACCAAAGAUGUAAUUCAGGAGAUGGGUCAAGGAGCAGUUCAUCAAAGGUUGAAGUGUCUUACGAGGAAUGGCUGAAGAGCAAUGAGUGUGAAACAGAUUCUAUGCAAGCAAAGUCCAAGGGUACGGGUAAUGAUAGUGUCAGUGAUUCAUCCACAUGUAACAUAUCUCAGAACUUUAAUUCAGUCUCCAAACUUGACUCAGGCAUUAUUGCUGAGAAUAGUACAGCGCAAUUGACAAUAUGUGAUGAAAGCUUAACCACCUCAGAUGAUCCAGUCUUGAAGAUGGCAAGCCAAGAUUCUGAUGUGAGCAUGGCAAGUGUUGAUGACGAAUCGGGACAUUUGAGAAACAAAAGCAAUGGCAAUAGAAAGGAGAAAAAUCGCGGAAAGGUCAAACCCAGCAAGGGUAGAGGAUCUUCUCGGAAAUCUCCAAGGAAGUCUGAGGAGACAAUCCUGCGAUACAUGGAGCUCCUGGACCAGGAGCAGAAGAGACUUACGCAGGAGGAUGAGGAUCGUCUCCUGGCAGAGAGGCUCCAGAGAGAGUUUGACAAGGAGAUGAGACAGAGGGAGGCUGUAGAUAGGUCUAAAGGUACUGAUGAUGCUUAUGAGCUUAGGCAACAACAAAGGACACUUUACCGCUACAUGGAAUGAAUUCAUAUCCAUUUCAUUAAUGUAUCAUUGUGAUUGUGGGUUUGUCUUAUUCCCUACUCAGUUUUUGUUUUACCCGUCUUGUACUUGAAAGAAUAAUUAUGGGAGUGUUUCAUCAGCAUUUCCGUCUGACAAAUUAUCAGAUCGGACGACUGUUCUUGAUUUUUGAUUGGCUGAGAAGCAGGGUUCCUUGGUAUCUGUGGAUAAAACAGGACUUGUCAAAGGUUUAAUCCGAUAGUUACCACAAGAAUUGUGCUUCUUGGUUAAAUGUUCAAACAACUUGUCAAACAACCAAUGUUGGUAAAAUGCUCUCCUGAACUCCAAAUUGAUUCAAAUUUUUGUAUUGCAUGGCAAACUAUUGCAACUAUAUGAAGUAAAUAAUUGUGCUGGAUCAAAAGGUUCAGCACAUACUAUUUACUUAAUAAGAUGCUAAAUGAAUAUUCAUGAAGGGCUUGAUGACAUUGCAAGGUACAGGUCACUGAUUUUGGCUGCUGAACCUAUCUCAAGAUAAGCAGAGUGAAGUUUUUUUUGGUUUGAAGUAGAAAAUCUGCCUUGACAUCAAGUUGGUUUUGAUAUAAGCAGAAAUAUGAGAGAAACAUGCCAUUGAAAGUUUGACACAAAGAUCAUAGAUUAAAUAAGUUUUAAAGCCUUGAUUUUGUGAUAUUAGAUGCAAGCAAGUGUCCCAUUUGUCAUAUAAUGUGAAUCAAUUGCAUACAAAUGGGGGCAGGGGGCAAGAGCCCCCCAAAAUUUUUCACGACUAAGAAAAUAAUAUAAAGGGAUAAGGGUGAAAUAUACAUGUAUAGUUUUCUGAAUGUUUCAAAAUCUAUCACAAACUUGGAUUUUUAAAAUAAAAACGUUGAAAUUUUGGCUCAUUCACUCUGCUCGCCCGCAACUUUUUAUAGUUUUUACGCGAUUUGAAUGCCCUAUGGAGCUCCUUCAAAAUUUUUGGCUCAUUACACCACUGAUGUGAAUUACAAUUUUGUAGUCGUUUAGGAUGCCUGAAAGUGUUUUCCUCCUGGAAUCAACUAGGAAUGUAUUGAAUGCACAGGAAAAUCAUUUUCUAUUCUACGAGAAAAUGGCAUCUUAUGGAAUUCAUAACAUAUACCAUAUUGGGAAGCUGUGCUGCUUGCAUGUGAUAUCACAAAAUUAAAACUGAGUAAAUCUGCAAAACAGAAGUUCUCUGAUUUAAUUUUUGUUCAAACCUUUGUUAAUGUUUUUCCCAUUUGUCUGCUUGUAUUGAACCCAUCUUGACAUCAGGGGAGCGUUUCAUCAAUAUUUUCAUCCGACAAGUUGUCAGAUAUGACAUCUUUCCAUGAUUUUGAUUGGCUGAG